AUGAGUACUGGUGCCUCAUCAUCAACAACUUUCCCAAUAGCAUCAACUUUUAAUAAUCCGGCUCCAGGAAAUACAAAUCAGAUCAAUAACCAGCCAAUUAGUUCCACACCCACAGUAUCUAAUGUUCAGUUAACUUCAGCAAAUCCAACCACACCUUUGUCAACGAAUGCUGGAGCCCCUCCAAAAGCACCGAGUAUAACAUCAACAAUGACUUUUGCACCAAUAACGGUAACUUCUAGUAAUCCGGCACCAGGAAAUACCCCUGAUAAACCGAUUAGUUCAACACCUGCAGUAUCUAAUGUUCAUAACCAAAAUGGUAAUGUCGGUAGUAUUACUUAUAGUAAUCCGUUAACAGGAAAUACAAAUCAGACUCCUAAUAAGCCAAUUAGUUCCACACCCGCACCUAAUGCUCUGUUAGCUUCACCAAAUCUAAACACACUUUUACCAACGAACACUGAAGCCUCUCCAAAAUCAUCAAGUACAACUUUUGCAAUUACGACUACAACUGCCACAAUGUCAGCACCAGUGACGGUAACUUAUAGUAAUCCGGCGCCAGGAAACACAAAUAAGAUCAAUAACCCGCCAAUUAGUUCCACACCCAUA